AUGGUCGCCGAGGAGGCCAACAAACAAGUCACGUCAGUGCGCUGCAGCUUCUGCGCCUUCUUUGGCCGAACUAAAGUUAAGGCCGGUCACGAGCACACAGGUGAAAAGCGUCAGCGUAGCUCUCCCAACGACACCAAUCUGCACCGGCACUUUAAAUUCGCGUCAAACUUGCUCACGUUCCGCGUAUCGGUUCCUAUCCUCUCCGCCAUCAUCUCCGACCUGUUCUUCCGGCUCGACGAGGUUCUCGCUGACUUUGACGACGACGGGGACGAGGAAGAUGGCGGCGCGGCCGCUACGAUUGCCAAGUAUGUUGCCGCCAAGGCCAAGCAGAAGAUGCUGGCGCUGAAGUUGUUCGUUAAGGACAAGGCGAACGUGGACGACUAUCUCGUCACUAUCAAGGUCACGAUGCUAUACGAGCUGAUCAUGGAUCAUGUCUUGGUGGGAAUGUCGUUUCGACAGGUGGCGUCCGCGAUGCAGCACACCAAGGAGCGCUGUGGCCUGUCCAAGCUGGGCGGCUGA